GUCACAUGACCGCCGCGAGCAUGCGCACACCGCCUUCUGGCUUAUUGUUUGCGGGCGGUGACGUCACGGAGGGUUCGCGUACUUCCCAGCAGUAGGCAGAGAGUCGGGCCGUAUCUGUGAGGCACGGAUACUACCGGACUUCUGAUUGGGGAUUGCAGUAUGUCUUAACUCAUCUCCGUCCUGUGAGGCUGAAGAAAAAAAAAAAAGUUCAGACGCAGGUGUCAUUCUCUAACUGCUUCCAUCAUCGCUGCUCGGAUACCCUAGUGACAGGGAAUCUUCAGAUGCAAAGGAGGCGUGUACUUUCCCACUCUGACCCGCUCCCAACCCUAACAUGCUAUGGACACCCAAAUUUCAACCCGCACAUCAUUAGAGCAUAGGGCACAACAGAGGAGAAGGUCCCUUGGGUUCCUUUCUCCAUUCCUUAGGAGUUAUCAAGCUGGCGAUGUCGCGAGUACCCAGUCCCCCUCCCCCGGCUGAGAUGUCCAGUGGCCCCGUGGCAGAAAGCUGGUGCUAUACUCAGAUUAAAGUUGUCAAGUUUUCCUACAUGUGGACCAUCAACAAUUUUAGCUUUUGCCGAGAGGAGAUGGGGGAGGUGAUCAAGAGCUCAACCUUCUCAUCAGGCGCCAAUGACAAACUUAAAUGGUGCUUGCGGGUUAAUCCCAAGGGACUGGAUGAGGAGAGUAAAGACUAUCUAUCCCUUUACCUAUUGUUGGUCAGUUGUCCAAAGAGUGAGGUGCGCGCCAAGUUUAAAUUCUCCAUUCUGAAUGCCAAGGGAGAGGAGACCAAGGCAAUGGAGAGUCAGCGGGCCUACCGGUUUGUUCAGGGCAAGGACUGGGGCUUCAAGAAAUUUAUCCGCAGGGACUUUUUACUCGACGAGGCCAAUGGCCUUCUUCCAGAUGACAAACUUACACUCUUCUGCGAGGUUAGUGUGGUGCAGGAUUCUGUCAACAUUUCUGGCCAGAACACAAUGAACAUGGUCAAAGUCCCAGAAUGCCGCCUUGCGGAUGAACUCGGAGGACUGUGGGAGAAUUCUCGUUUCACGGACUGCUGUCUCUGUGUGGCUGGCCAAGAAUUCCAGGCACACAAAGCCAUCCUGGCAGCGCGGUCUCCUGUGUUUAGCGCCAUGUUUGAGCAUGAAAUGGAAGAGAGCAAAAAGAACCGCGUGGAGAUAAAAGACGUGGAACCGGACGUGUUUAAAGAAAUGAUGUGUUUCAUCUACACGGGGAAAGCCUCCAACCUUGACAAAAUGGCCGAUGAUUUAUUGGCUGCAGCAGACAAGUAUGCGCUGGAGCGUCUCAAAGUGAUGUGCGAGGAAGCGCUGUGCAGUAACCUGUCCGUGGAAAAUGCGGCAGAAAUUCUCAUUUUGGCCGACUUACACAGCGCAGAUCAACUGAAAACGCAGGCUGUGGACUUCAUCAAUUACCACGCCUCUGAUGUGAUGGAAACGUCUGGAUGGAAGUCUAUGGUGGUGUCUCACCCACACCUGGUCGCAGAAGCAUAUCGCUCUCUAGCAUCCGCCCAGUGCCCCUUCCUGGGCCCCCCACGCAAACGCCUGAAGCAAUCAUAAAGCUCUUCAUCAGACAUCCCAACGUUUCUCCUGGAGACACUCGACUUUCCCUCAAAGCAUGAGAGACAUUGGUGGGGCAGUCUGAUUGGAGGUUCCCCCACGUUGUGUGAUUGGCCUCCCCACUCCCCGUGCCUCGUUGGCUGGACUGAGCCUCCUCUCUCCCUUAUUUCCGAGUGAGGAGCAGGGGCCAUGGUGGAAUAAAAUGCUCUAUUUUAUGGAUGGCCGUUUAAGACUGGGACUUUCCUGUUAUUUAUAGGGACAGAGAGCAGCUUUAAGUAGCCGCUUGCUUUUUUUCCUGUCUCGUAGGACAUUGGAGCAGAGAAAUUUAAGGGCUGAGCAUUUUCCGCAGCUCUCCUUCUUGCACCCAGAGUUGGAGGCGGGCUAAACAUAUGCCAUUUACUCUGGGAUGUUUUACUUUCUUUGCUAUGCUUUCCUCAUUCCUUUCCUCUCCCAUAGCUUUUAUUUUACAUUUUUUAAAUGCCUCCUUCAAAGUUUGGUUUUUAAUCCUUCCACAUUCUUUUUCUUCCAUCUCGCCUUUUAGUUCUUACAGAAAUCCCUCUCCAGCUUCCAGGUCCUUCAUCGAUGCUUCAGAGCCGUUUCAAUUUAUUUUGAUUUUUCCAGAAUAUAAUAAUUCCUAUUUUGUA